AUGGCUUCAACAAACACUAUAGUUAUCAACUCUAUUUGCCCGGAAACUAAAGAAGAAGACUUGCAAAGAUUAUUUGGUCUUGCUGGUGAGAUUGAGAAAGUCGUGAUUGACCACGAGACUUCAUCUGCCAAAGUGGUGUAUAAGACAGCUGACUCUGCUCAAAAAGCUUUGUUGUUGAAUGGUGCGUUAAUGAAUGGGUCCAAUGUUGUUGUCGAUAUGGAACACCUUCCAGAGAAAGUCAUCACUGAAGAAGAAGUCGUUCAAAUUGCAUCAAAGUGGGCGUCCCUCAAUGAUAUUGUCGAGAGACUCAAAUCAAUUGACGAGAAAACCCAUUUCACGGAGUACUGUGUCUUGUGUUACAUUCUUGCACUCUCAAAAUCAGAGGACAUUUAUCACAACUUCCACCCCAUACAAUCAAUCACCAAUGGGCUCAACCACGUCGAUGACAAAAUGAACAUCUCUGGUUUCAUCUGUUUGUGUGACGAUAAGAUCAGAGAGUUAUUGCGUAAAUUUAACCCAAGACAAGUCCCACAAGUCGAACAACAAGUCCAGACUGCCCCUGCUGAGAUUCAGCCAAAACCUGUUUCUGCCUAA